UCCCGAAGAGGAGAUCUAGAAAUCCUUGGCUACUGUAUGCUGCAGUGGAUGUGUGGGAGUCUACCCUGGCAACACAACCUGAGGAACCCCGAGGCUGUUCAGGCUGCAAAAAACAAGAUGCUGGAUGAACUCCCAGAUUCAGUGACACAGUGGGCCCCUUCAGGAACUGACUGUGGAGAAAUAGCCAGGUUUUUGAAAAAUGUAUCCGGCUUGGCCUACGAUGAAAAACCCGAGUAUGAAACAUUGAAAAAAAUCCUUUUGAGCGGCCUGGAACAGAAAAGACCCUGUUACAACGGCGUGAUGGAUUUGACCACCACUAAAAGCAUACGAGGGGGAUGUGCUGGUAAUCCCAGGAAGGCGGAUUUGCCAAAGCCAGCAGCAAAGCAAGUAAAAGAAAUGAAGGAGAGCAGGUUGGAAAACAAGGAACUCGCUUAUCGUAGAAAAGCCGCUGUGGGAAUGAAAAGCGGCCAAGUACAAGAGAAACAGAUGCUGGCUGGAGUGAACAAGCCUCUUCAGAUUGAAGUGGAAAACACAGAACCACCAUACAGUACUUAUCCCUACAAGUCCUUCCAGAAAACUGAAGACAAAUGCAUAGAAAAUGGAGUUACAUUUCCACCAGUCUGCCAGCCCGAACGCCUUCAAAAGUUGACUAGCCCCACAGCAUGCAGGAAUUCAGAGCCAGGACUACAUGAAACAUUGUACCAAUAUGUCAUAGCCAUUAUUAUCCUUGUCUUCUUAAUAUUUCUUGCCUUGUAUUUCCUUUGAUAUCUUCAGGAAUGUGCAUUUCUAGUCUUUAGUUAUAUGCAUAUACAUUGUGAGAAAUUCCGUUUCAGACUUCCUUCAUAGACAUUUUCAGUGUGAUCUGCUGCAAAAAAAAUUCAAAUCAAAGGUGAAUUGUUUGAAACUGAAAUGUAAUAAACUUUUUGCACUUAGCCCA